AUGUCCUCCCUCUUUUCCUACAUCUCCACCGCCCUUCCCACCGUCAACUCUUCCAAUGUCAUCAUCUGGGGCUUCUCCACAGGAGGGUACUACUCCCUCCGCGCAGCCCACACCCAUCCGUCCCACCUCCUCGGCUCCGUCUCCCUCGGCGGCGGCUGCCACCACAUGUUUGACGAGACCUGGCUCCGCAACGUCAACCAUUUAGAAUACCCCUUCGACCUAGCCCAUACCCUCGCCCACAAGUUCGGUUACGGAGACAAUCUAGACCAAUUCAUCAAAGAAGGCAAGAGCAAAUUCAGUCUCCUCGACAGCGGGAUCCUGGACCAGGAAAGUUGCAAGACGUUGGUGGUCAAUGGUGACUUGGACGAGAUCUUCCCGGUGGAGGAUUUGUAUCUUGCCGUCAAGGACAAGAACGGGAAUGUGAGAAAGAACACCGAGUUCAAGGUUGUCGAGGGGAGGAAGCACAUGGGGGAGCCCGAGAGCUUUGGUGUUAUUCUCGAGUGGAUUCAUGGGCUGUGGGGGUUGAAGGCGGGAGUGGACGAGUUCAAGAAGGGCGUUUUGGAGGGUUUGCCUUUCAAGCCGAAAUAUUGA